AUCCGUUCCUUUCAAACAUCCGUUCAAAAGAUUUUCUCGUUGUAUAGGUUAGUUUGAUAAAGGAAACAAACACCGGUAGCAGUUAAAUACAAGAUGUAAAUGAGAAUAAAACAAAUGAAAUAUUGACCAUAUUUUUAUUAUUGUCGGACUCUGAUGUGUCUUACAGUCCAGGCACCAGUCGGGUGACACACUCAUGCAACAUGGGCAUUUGAUUAGAAAAGUCGCUUCCGAACGCAGGUGCAAAUCGGUUCUCCACUGUCACUUAAAGAGCUGGUCAAAAGAAUCGUUUCGUUCGCGAACGUCACAUCUGAAGCGGCUGGCGCCUCGCAGUGAGACAAAGACGGUGGGUCCAUGGCGAUAUUUGACAACCUUCCGCAAAACAUGUUCUUUUUCUCAAGUUUCUAACAAGUCGUCGAGUGCUAAAUAAACAUUCGACUGUCAGUAGAGAGUCAACAAGUUAGGCUAGGCCGCUAGCUUCAGUUCAGCAAUGUAGGCUACGUCAGCUAGCUCGGAAGCAAGCACGCAUCCCAAACAGCGGCCGUCCUCUCACUUUUUUGGCUUUGGUUCUUGUGGAAUGCAUCUGUCCAAGAAAUGUUCCGCCUUCAGAGUGGUGCUGAGUGCUCUCCUGCUAGUGGCGCUGCUGCAGCUCCUCUACUUGUCCUUCUUGUCCAAGUUCCACGGCAAACAGCAGCGAUACCGCUACUCGGAACUCUUUGGAGGCUCCCGUCCGGAGAACAUGGAUCACCCCGAGAGGAACUCACGCAAAGAACGCCUGAGGUACUCUCUGUCCACGGGGGGCAUCUUUGACAACAGUGGACAGUACAGAGUGUACAAGAACCUGAUUAAAAGCGAGCAGAACCCGGCCAACAACGUCCUGACUUUGGCGACCCACGCGAGUAUUAACAACCUCCACCACCUCGAAGCUCUUGUGGAGAGGUGGAAGAACCCACUCUCAGUGGCUAUCUUUGCUCACGGACAGGAUGUCAAGUUUGGCACUGCACUGGUGUACGCGCUAAGCGUCCUGUGUCCUCACGUCCAGGCCCUGGUGGACUUCCACCUGGUCUGCCUCUCGGGGGAGACGGCCAGCUUUCCCGAGCAAGACCACCAGCACUUUGCAGGCCUGGACGACUGCGCCGCUGUCUUUUCCAGACUAGACUCCCACAGGGACAAAUACAAGAACUACGUCAUCAGUGGAAACGUAUCUUACCCCAACAACCUUCUUCGGAACGUGGCCCGAGGAGGCGCAGAGUCAUCUUACAUCCUGGUCAUGGACAUGGACAUGAUGCCUAGCGCCGACCUGCACCGAGACUUCCUGGCCAUGGUGGUGAGGCGCGAGCCGGUCCCCGACCAGGUGUUUGUCUUACCUGCAUUCGAGAUCCGCCAUGCCAGAAAGAUACCGGCCAACAAGGCCGAGCUGGUGCAGCUCUACCAAGUGGGCGAGGUGCGGCCGUUUUACGAGGAGCUGUGUUCUCGCUGCCAAGCCCCUACCAACUACUCACGGUGGGUCAACGGCCACGUCCGAGGCGACGACGCCCUGGAUGUGGCCUACACCCUCACCUGGACCGAUCCCUGGGAGCCCUUCUACAUCGGCCCGCGUGGCGUGCCGCUCUACGACGAGAGCUUCAAGCAGUACGGCUUCAACCGGAUCAGCCAGGCCUGCGAGCUUCAUGUGGCCGGAUACCGCUUUGCCGUUCUAAACUCGGCCUUCCUGGUCCACCGUGGCUUCAAGAUCCAGGGGGAGUUCCACGCCAAGAAGGACGAGGAGAACAAACGCAACCGGCUUCUGUUCCGCAGCUUCAAAGAGGCUCUGAAGAGCAAAUAUCCAUUGUCUAGCAGGAGAUGUUGAGAACACUCGUUUGGACUCCUGAAACCACAUUUCAGUCAAGGACACUGGCGGCCACCAGAUGGCAGCAGGCGCCCUGUUGGUAGUUGGGUAUUGCCAGUGCAUGUGAUGCGCUGCAACAGGGCCCAGUAAAUCAGAUGUCUUCAUGUUUGUCAGCCUGUCCACGUAGCAUCUGUAGUGCCUGAGCCUUUGUUGUCAUUUCUGCAUAGUAUUUAUUGUAAAAUCAUACGGUUAUUUAUGUUAUGUUGCACUGAGUUGUAUUUAUUUUGACUUUGUACUGUUUCUUAAUAAAGCUGCAGGAGGACAACGGCCAAAACAAAACAA